CUGGCGUCCGGUGGGCUCCUCCGUUAACCAAGAUGGCGAUACGCGUGGGACCGGAAAGAGUUUAUAUAGAUUUCCUGUGUACCCUACCUCUGAGGUGAAGGUGGGACUGCCCUGUGGAGCCCCACCCUUUCCGUUAUGCGCCCGCGCGGCGCAAUGACGUCACAGGCCCGCCCACUGCCCCUGUUGGGUUUCUGAGUCGUGCUGCGUCUGCAACGGUAGUGACGCGUAUUGCCCGGAGGAUGGCGGACGCCGGCAUUCGCCGCGUGGUUCCCAGCGACCUGUAUCCUCUCGUGCUCGGCUUCCUGCGCGAUAACCAACUCUCAGAGGUGGCCAAUAAGUUCGCCAAAGCGACAGGAGCUACACAGCAGGAUGCCAAUGCCUCUUCCCUCUUAGACAUCUAUAGCUUCUGGCUCAAGUCUGCCAAGGUCCCAGAGCGAAAGUUACAGUCAAAUGGACCAGUGGCUAAGAAAGCUAAGAAGAAGGUCUCAUCCAGUGACAGUGAGGACAGCAGUGAGGAGGAGGAGGAAGUUCAAGGGCCUCCAGCAAAGAAGGCUGCUGUACCUGCCAAGCGAGUCGGUCUGCCUCCUGGGAAGGCUGCAGCCAAAGCAUCAGAGAGCAGCAGCAGUGAAGAGUCCAGUGAUGAUGAGGAGGAGGACCAAAAGAAACAGCCUGUCCAGAAGGGAGUUAAGCCCCAAGCCAAGGCAGCCAAAGCUCCUCCUAAGAAGGCCAAGAGCUCUGAUUCUGAUUCUGACUCAAGCUCCGAGGAUGAGCCACCAAAGAACCAGAAGCCAAAGAUAACACCUGUGGCAGUUAAAGCUCAGACUAAAGCCCCUCCCAAACCAGCUCGAGCAGCACCUAAAGUAGCCAAUGGUAAAGCAGCCAGUAGCAGCAGUAGCAGCAGCAGCAGCAGUAGCAGUGAUGACUCAGAGGAGGAGAAAGCAGCAGCCACCCCCAAGAAGACUGUACCUAAAAAGCAAGCUAUGGCCAAGGCCACAGUGAAAGCAGCUGCCACCCCUACCCAGAAGAGUUCCAGCAGUGAGGAUUCCUCCAGUGAGGAGGAAGAGGAGCAAAAAAAACCCAUGAAAAAUAAACCAGGUCCCUACAGUUCAGUCCCCCCACCUUCUGCUCCCCCACCAAAGAAGUCUCUGGGAACCCAGCCUCCCAAGAAGGCUGUGGAGAAGCAGCAGCCUGUGGAAAGCAGUGAAGACAGCAGUGAUGAGUCUGAUUCAAGUUCUGAAGAAGAGAAGAAACCCCCAACUAAGGCAGUCAUCUCUAAAGCAACCUCCAAACCACCUCCAGCAAAGAAAGCAGCAGAGAGCUCUUCAGACAGCUCAGACUCUGACAGCUCUGAGGAUGAUGAAGCUCCUUCUAAGCCAGCUGGUACCACCAAGAAUUCUUCAAAUAAGCCAGCUGUCACCACCAAGUCACCUGCAGUGAAGCCAGCUGCAGCCCCCAAGCAACCUGUGGGCGGUGGCCAGAAGCUUCCCACGAGAAAGGCUGACAGCAGCUCCAGUGAGGAAGAGAGCAGCUCCAGUGAGGAGGAGAAGACAAAGAAGAUGGUGGCCACCACUAAGCCCAAGGCAACUGCCAAAGCAGCUCCACCUCUGCCUGCCAAGCAGGCUCCUCAGGGUAGUAGGGACAGCAGCUCUGAUUCAGACAGCUCCAGCAGUGAGGAAGAGGAGGAGGAAGAGAAGACAUCUAAGUCUGCAGUUAAGAAGAAGCCACAAAAGGUAGCAGGAGGUGCAUCCCCUUCCAAGCCAGCCUCUGCAAAGAAAAGAAAGGCUGAGCGCAGCAGCAGUUCUUCCUCUGAUGACUCCAGUGAGGAGGAGGAAGAGAAGCCCAAGGGCAAGGGCUCUCCAAGACCACAAGCCCCCAGGGCCAAUGGCACCUCUGCACUGACUGCCCAGAAUGGAAAAGCAGCUAAGAACAGUGAGGAGGAGGAAGAAGAAAAGAAAAAGGCGGCAGUGGUAGUUUCCAAGUCAGAGUCUCACUGUGUCACCCAGACCGGCGUGCAAUGGCAUGAUCACGGCUUGUGCAGCCUUAACCUCAUGGACUCAGGUUCAUUAAAGAAGCGGAAGCAGAAUGAGGCUGCCAAGGAGGCAGAGACUCCUCAGGCCAAGAAGAUAAAGCUUCAGACCCCUAACACAUUUCCAAAAAGGAAGAAAGGAGAAAAAAGGGCAUCAUCCCCAUUCCGAAGGGUCAGGGAGGAGGAAAUUGAGGUGGAUUCACGAGUUGCAGACAACUCCUUUGAUGCCAAGCGAGGUGCAGCUGGAGACUGGGGAGAGCGAGCCAAUCAGGUUUUGAAGUUCACCAAAGGCAAGUCGUUCCGGCAUGAGAAAACCAAGAAGAAGCGGGGCAGCUACCGGGGAGGCUCAAUCUCUGUCCAGGUCAAUUCUAUUAAGUUUGACAGCGAGUGACCUGAGGUCAUCUUUGGUGAAGCAAGGGUGAUGAUCGGAGACUACUUACUUUCUCCAGUGUACCUGGGAACCCUCAAGUCUCUAGGUGAGGGUCUUGAUGAGGACAGAAGUUUAGAGUAGGUCCUAAGACUUUACAAUGUAACAUCCUCUCUGGUCCUUUUCUUUGUUCCUAGUUUUGUACAGACUUGUUUUUGAGUGUUGAGUAGCAGGGACAAAAUAAGGGAAUGUUAUUUUUUAAGAAAAUUCAUUUUCAUUGUUGUCUCCUUCCUUUUCUGUGAAAGUCCUCAUACUGAGAAAUUUGUAUAUUUUAUAUUAAAUCACUUACUAUUGAUUUUUGUUGUGAUUUUCAAAGGUGGAUUACCACAGAUAAAAUUUUGGUUAUUGCCCAAAACAUAGUAAAGGGUCACAUGUGUGACUUUUUAUAAUAGGAAGAAAAUUCUGCCUUUGUGAGUGCACAUGUCCACAUUUCAUCCCUCCUUCCCUCAAAACCCUAGAGAGGGGCAUUCAAGAAUUGUUGCUGUAUAUGCAAUGUCUGUUAAGCAUGCACCAUGUAUUUCAUUCUCAUUUAUUGGGUCUGGGACUGAAGUUUUUAGCCAGCAUGGACCUAACCUACCUUUUGGGAUAAAAUUCACUGUUUUGUUACAGGCAAAAUUCUAGUGUGGCGUGAAUGCCAUGGGUCAUUCUGAAUAUAUUUUUUUCUGUAAUUUUAUCAUUACAUGAUGUUUGCAAUACAUGCCUUGUUUUUUAAUUUGAAAGCAAACUUUUCUACUGUUGGAAGACAUUUUUUGACAACUUGACCCUUCCUAGUAUUGAGUACUAAGUUGAGGACUGCAUCUUCUUGUUUUUUACAGUAUAGAGAACAAAAUGACAUUAAUUUGAAAAAUACAUAUCACUUGGUAUCGCUGUCUUGGUUGCAGUGGUGAUACAGAAUUGGUUUCAUUAAUUCCUACAUGGUUCAGAAUCGCUGAUCAAGAAAGUGGGAAAAAAAACAAAUGUUAAAACCUCAAUCCUCAGUAGGAAGGUAGAUUACAUUAGGUGAAAUUAUAGGUAAUCUAUGUAUGUGCUAAUGGGGUUGGAAAGAACCUUACAGAGCAUAUUACCUGAUAAACUUGAGUGGGUUUGGGAGAACCAACUAAUAGGAUUAUUGUGUCUCCUGGUUGGUACCUGGGAGCAAUCGACAUGCCCCCUUCAGAACCUUAACUGUUAGUAACAGUGGCUGUAACAACACAAACCAGUGACCAGAGAUACAGCUUUUAGGCCAAGCUGGCCUGACGGUAUGGCUGCAGGAAGUGACUGAGCAGUAGCGGUACUCAGCCAGACCAAGACGGAGAGGGAAGAGUCCACAGCUUUCUGGAGGCUAAGGCAUUCCGGUGGUAGGAAAGUGUGCCCCAAGCCUUCAUGGAUGAGUUAUAGGUCUUAAGAUUAGUCUCCUCUUGUUUGGAUUCCAUACUUGCUAAAUAACCUGAUAAUAACCUGGUUUUCCAUGUAACUGCCUCUAGGAAGAAAAUGUACUGUUCAUGCUGACACAGAUAUUUCAGUCUGCAUGGUAAAAGUUCUACAUCUUACUACAAAAUAAUAAACUGGCUGGUUUAUAAUGUG